AUGGUUCACAUCAAUGUGUUGAAAAAAUUAAUGUGUGUUCUUGUGGUGAUCCUGGUAGCACUGACAGUUUGCCUGUGGAGAGAGACGAGAAGAAGCUACUAUGUUCUUUUCAAGACCGAGAGCGAUGGUUUGCAGGUUCACAGGACUUCAGAAAAAUGGACCCCCCUUAAAUCACAGAGCCUUUUGCAUGAAGCAGCCAGUGAAUUGGGUCAGAUACCCAAAACAUGGUUUGAUAACCACAGCAAAGUAAAAGGCAGCACCACUCAAACAGCUGAAAAGUCCAAGAAAGCAGCAGACUCUGUGAAGGUGUGGGAUAAGGACAGUUCAUCCAGAAAUCUCAUACCCAGGCUACAGAAGGUCAGAAAAAACUACCUGUCCAUGAACAAGUACAACGUGACUUACAGUGGGAAGAGGAACGCUGCUAAACUCAGCCCAGAGAAGCUGCUCUGCCAGCUGCGGGACAGAGUGAACGUGACCAUGAUACAAGGAUUGGAUGGUCCCUUUGAUACCUCUGAGUGGCAGCAAUACCUACCAGGGAAAAGCCUCAAUGAAACAGUGGGCCGCCUUGGUCGCUGUGCUGUCGUGUCCUCAGCAGGGUCACUGAAAUCAUCUCAUUUGGGACAAGAGAUAGACAGCCAUGAUGCCGUCUUGCGCUUCAAUGGGGCUCCUGUCAAGGGGUUUCAAGAAGAUGUGGGGCAAAAGACCACAAUUCGUCUUGUGAACUCCCAGCGCUGCCCAGCAAACCGAGUACCUCAUUCCUCCCAGCCCUUGUUUGUUUCUCCUUGGCUGGCUUGUUGCUGUCAUGGAGAGCACUCUGCUUUGUCUGUGUUUGCUGUUACUGUCACUAAUGAGUCUGCAGGGAGGAAGAGAAAGGAGAUAGCACAUCGGUGGAAUGGACUUAUCACUGUUGAGGAGCAGCAGUUCCUGAGGGAAGCACUAUAUAACACUGGAAUCUUAAUUGUCUGGGAUCCAGCACCUUAUCAUGCGGAAAUUCAUGAGUGGUACAGAAAACCAGAUUACAACUUUUUUGAAAGCUAUAAGUCAUAUCGUAGUAUACAUCCUGAGCAGCCCUUCUAUAUCCUGAAUCCAAAAAUGCAGUGGCAACUCUGGGAUAUUCUGCAGGAGAAUUCUCUGGAGCAUAUUCAGCCUAAUCCACCAUCGUCAGGAAUGCUUGGCAUCGUCAUCAUGAUGACGCUCUGUGACGAAGUGCACGUGUAUGAAUUUCUCCCUUCCAAACGGCAGACGGACAUUUGCCACUAUUACCAGAAGUUUCACGACCGUGCCUGUACCAUGGGAGCUUACCACCCCCUCCUGUUUGAGAAAAACUUGGUGAAGCAUAUAAACCAGGGCACAGAUGAGGACAUCUAUACUCGCGGGAAAGUUACUUUGCCCGGUUUCCGAAAUGUGCAUUGCUAG